AUGCAGGAUGUACCUGAUUUUUACUUGACAUCGUAUAUCGUUCUCCUGGGCGUGGAUGGCAAUGGUCGACAACGCCGAAUAUUGGUUGCUGCAAUUCAACCAGUUCACCUGAUACACCAUGCAUUUAACGAGUCAUAUCGCCUUCCCCGGCUCCCAUGUCACUUUCAGUGGCCCGUGCACGACACAACACCCAAUCACCCCAAGCCACGCCCACAUGAUUCACGGGACCCCUGGAAUCCUUCUUACGAGCCUGCGGACAGCCACUGGUGCUCUUCUCGCCAGAGCUCCCCGCUGUUCCUUCGAGGAUUUAGUCGGAGUAGGUGCAGGGUGAUGAAGACCUUUGUUCAGAGGUGA